UCCGUGUUCUGAGCGCAGCUUCCGGCAGCUGUGAGUUGUCGAAUCUUUUGGAGCUCAGCAGCAGCACUGAUCUUCAUCAUAGUCAUCUUCAUCAUGCGCUGGUUUGAGGGCUCAAUCCCAGCGGCCAUCGCGUCAGCUAAACAGCGCAAAUCUGUGUUUGUGGUUGUGAUCACAGGGAGUGAUGAUCAGUCCUCUCAGCUGAUCUCCAGUUGGGAGACGGAGAGUGUGUCGGAUGCGGUGGAGAACUGCUGUGUGGCGAUACGAGUGGACGCUCAGAGUGAAACAUGUGUCCAGUUCUCUCAGAUCUAUCCGGUCGUGUGUAUCCCCUCCAGUUUCUUCAUAGGAGAGAACGGCAUUCCUCUGGAGGUCAUCGCAGGCAGCGUCCCGGCGGACGAGCUGAAGCGGAGGAUCAUCAAAGUCACCCAGAUGCACACGGAGCAGAUUGAAGGUGGAGAGACGGACACAGAGAGACCCGAUCAGACGCCCGUCUGUGAUUCUCAGGACGCCUCUAACUCCAGCUCUGCCACAUCUAAAGAAUCCCUGUCUGUGCCGAUGGAGGAAGACGGAGCGUCAGGUUAUGUGACUCCAGGUGAGGAUAAAAGCCUGCGGUCAGAGGACGCGUCUCAGCCAGACGAGCCCUUAGAUGCCAGAGUGGAGAGGUUAACGAAGAAGCUGGAGGAAAGACGUGAGCAGAAAAAGAAAGCAGAAGAAGAGAAUGAGCUGAAGAAGGAGGUGGAGAGGCGUAAGAUGGGGAAGGAGGUCCUGGACUACAAGAAGAAGCAGGAGGACGAGAAAACCAAACGCCUCCUGGAUGAGAGGAAUCGAGAGAAGGCGGAGGAGAAAGCGGCCAGAGAACGAGUCAAGCAGCAGAUCGCUCUGGACCGUGCGGACCGAGCGGCCCGUUACGCUCAGAACCAGCAGGACACAGAGGCGACCAGACUAGCAGCGCUGCAAGCCAGAGCCGCUGAACACGAGGCCAAGAGAGACGCCACACAGAGAGAGAGAAGUGCGGUCGCCAGGAUUCAGUUUCGUCUGCCUGACGGCUCGUCCUUCACUAACCAGUUUCCCUCAGAGGCGCGUCUGCAGGAGGUCCGACAGUUCGCUGCUCAGGAGGUCGGGAACAGAUACGGGCAGUUCUCACUGGCCACCAUGUUUCCCAGAAGAGAGUUCACAGCUGAAGACCUGGAGAAAUCUCUGCUGGAGCUGGAGCUCACACCCAGCGCAUCCAUCGUCCUGCUGCCUCAGUCGAGCCGGCCGUCCAGCGCUGUGGUGCGCUCGUCCGCAGGAGGAGGCGUGUGGGCUCUGCUGGGCUCGCUCCUCUACCCACUGCUGGCCGUCUGGAGGAUCAUCAGAGGCUUCCUGUUCAGCGCCGCCCCCCCUCCCACAGCCGGCCACAACCAGCACACACACAACACACACGACUCCGGCGCGGGCGCGGAACCAAAGAGAGAUGCAGUUCGUAAGAGGGUUCUUGAGAAGAGGCCGGAGGACUUCAAGAAAGACGGGAAAAUAUACCGACUACGGACUCAAGAAGACAGCGAGGACGACAACAACACCUGGAACGGCAACUCCACGCAGCAGAUGUAGAGAUGCGGUCCCAAGCGGUUUGAUUUGAGUGUGUUUCAGUCUUAACACGGUGGGUUUUA